UUCUCAGCCCAAAAACCCUAUUAAAAAAGUAGUAGCUCAUUCAGUGACACUCAUAUACACAGAGCAAUUCUAAUUUUCAAUCCAACCAGACAUGGGUUUGCUAUCUUGGUUCAAAGGCAGCCCACAGCCACAGCAACCCAAACCCGUAUCCGAAUCCGAAUCCAAACCAAAACAACCCACCACCACCCAAAGCCCCGCCGAAGUGCCCGGGAUGAACGGCGCCGUGGCGGUCCCUCGCCGCCUCGCCGACGUUACGGUUUUCGAGUUUGGGUCGGUGACUGCCUCCGCCGACAAGGUCACUCUCGCCGGAUUCUGCACCGUCUCCGACGACCUCGAGCCCUGCCGUUGGGAGAUCCUUCCGGCCAGUUCCUCCGACGCCCCUCAGUUCCGCAUCGUCUUUUGAGUGAGAGAAAGAGAGACUCUUUUUAUCAUUUUGUAAACUAGCUCAAAAUAUAAAGAGACCCCAUUGUUGAGUUUGCUUGUUUUUUCGGUUUAGUUAUGUCAAAUUUGAAACCGAACUCUGAAUAUAAUUUUGUUAGAAAUGGGGUUUUUCUUUAUAAAAAAAAAAA